AUAUAUAUACAAUAAAAUACAGAUAGCUUAUGGUUCAUCACUUGUUUGAUGAAUUUCCUGUUUCAACUCAUACCUGGCAUCUAAGGUUGUCUGAAAAGGAAAUUGUUCACAUGUUUUGACCAGCUUUUUUUAGCUUAAAAACUGCUUCAUGUCAAGUUGAGUUAAUCUUUUUAUGCUAUUGGUCACAUGAUUCCUGGUUCAAAAAGCCAUUUGAAGGGCCUUUUUCCAGCUCUUGUGGCUUUGAGCUCUUGAGACUUUGCCUAGUCAAUUUCAAUUGAUUUAUGACCUUAUGCCUAUAAACACUUUGUUCUUGGCCAUCCCUUUGUAAAACUCUUUGUCUUUUUCUCUCUUAUCCUCUGAUAGAUCAAAUCUAAUUGAAGAAAAUCCAUGGGGUUUAGUAAUUCAAGAUCUGUAAGAUUUGAAGAUGACCUUGAAUUAACAAAGCUCCCCCCAAUGAAUGGAGAUGGUAUGGUAAAGCUGAAAUACAAUAUCAAUGGAACAAAAAUAUCGGAGCCUGGCACCGAGAGGGUCGAGAGCAAGUUGCCUGCUACUACUAGGAGAGGUAAAUUGUUGAAAGCUAAAGUACUGUCCAGAGUUUUCUCUGAGGAUUUUGAGAGGGUGAAGAAGAAGAUUUUGGAUCCUCGAGGACCGGUUAUUCGUCGAUGGAACAAGAUUUUCCUAGUAGCAUGCUUGGUUUCUUUGUUUGUGGAUCCUCUGUUCUUUUAUUUGCCAAUAGUUAAGAAGGAUGUCUGCAUUGAUAUUGGAAUACCCCUUGAAGUUAUCCUUACUAUGGUUAGAUCAUUAGCUGAUGCCUUCUACAUAGUUCAAAUAUUCAUUCGGUUUCGAACCGCUUAUGUUGCACCGCCUUCUCGUGUAUUUGGGAGAGGCGAGCUCAUUAUAGAUUCCGGGAAGAUUGCUUCCAGGUACCUCAAGAAGAGUUUCUGGAUUGAUUUACUUGCUGCACUCCCCCUUCCUCAGUUUUGUUUCCAGGUUUUGAUUUGGAUCAUCAUUCCGAACCUUAAUGGUUCAACAAUGAUGAACACCAAAAACAUGCUCCGGUUCAUAAUCAUUUUUCAGUACCUUCCAAGACUUUUUCUUAUUUUUCCUUUGUCAUCACAAAUUGUUAAUGCCACUGGUGUUGUGACCGAAACAGCAUGGGCUGGUGCCGCUUAUAACCUCAUGCUCUACAUGCUGGCAAGCCAUGUUUUAGGAGCUUGUUGGUAUCUUCUUUCGAUCGAGCGGCAAGAAGCGUGCUGGAAGACCGCCUGUGAUCUCGAGGAGCCUUAUUGUCAGUAUAAAUAUUUUGACUGCAACAAGGUUAAAGACCCUGGCAGGUUGACCUGGUUCAACUCCAGCAAUAUUACUAGCCUAUGCAGUCCAAGUUCCAGCUCCUAUCCAUUUGGUAUCUAUGGUGAUGCAUUGGAAUUUAAUGUUACAACAGCACCAUUCUUCAACAAGUACUUUUAUUGCCUUUGGUGGGGUUUAAGGAACUUAAGUUCUUUGGGACAAAAUCUUAGCACAAGCACUUAUGCCGGAGAAAUAAUUUUCGCCAUCAUUAUUGCAACUCUCGGUCUGGUUCUUUUUGCACUGCUGAUUGGGAAUAUGCAAACGUACCUUCAAUCGACGACGGUCAGGUUGGAAGAAUGGAGAAUCAAGAGAACCGAUACGGAACAAUGGAUGCGUCACAGGCAACUUCCUCCAGAAUUAAGGCAAUCCAUCAGAAAAUAUGAUCAGUAUAAGUGGUUAGCCACGAGGGGAGUCGAUGAAGAGGCCUUACUAGAAGGCCUUCCUUUGGAUCUCCGGCGAGACAUCAAACGGCACCUUUGUCUUGACCUUGUUCGACGAGUUCCACUGUUUGAUCAAAUGGAUGAAAGGAUGCUAGAUGCAAUCUGUGAGAGGCUCAAACCGGCAUUGUGCACCGAAGGCACAUACCUAGUCCGAGAAGGAGAUCCCGUCAAUGAGAUGCUCUUCAUAAUUAGAGGCCACCUUGAUUCCUACACUACAAAUGGUGGCCGAACCGGAUUCUUCAACUCAUGCCGGAUUGGCCCUGGAGACUUCUGCGGUGAGGAACUGUUAACAUGGGCAUUAGAUCCUCGUCCUAGCGUUGUUCUUCCAUCUUCGACUCGAACAGUCAAAGCAAUAUCCGAAGUAGAAGCCUUUGCACUUCGAGCAGAAGAUCUCAAAUUUGUUGCAGCACAAUUUAGAAGACUACAUAGCAAACAACUAAGACACAAGUUCCGGUUCUACUCACACCAGUGGAGAACUUGGGCUGCCUGUUUCGUCCAAGCAGCAUGGCGUCGGUUUAAGAAACGAAAGGAAGCCGCCAAACUUAGAGCCAUGGAGGACCUCAUGGUGGCUGAACCUGAACCCGAACCAACCAAACCUGUUUCAGGCUUGGCUAUAUAUGCAGCCAAGCUUGCAGCAAGCACUAGGAGAGGGAUUAAUAUGCAUUCUGAAUCUGAUACUGGGGUUGUUAGCCCGUUGCAGAAACCAGCUGAGCCAGAUUUUUCUGUAGAUGAGGAAUGAAAUUGUAACACUAGCAAAUCAAGAACUAGAGUGUAGGUAUUAUUAGUCAGUGAACAAUGCUUGUAAAUUUGUUUAUUUCUUGGCUAGCAUGUAAACAAAAAAUGAUGAACACUGAAAUUAUUUGUUUCAAUAUUCAUCUACAUAUAUAUAUAUACUUAAGUUUCUCCUUUA